AUGUCUCAAAAAGCAACGAGCGGUCUUCUUAUACUGACUACGAUCGGUGUGACAGCUCAGUUUGUGCACAACGAAUGGAUUGAGAGCUAUGAUCCGACCAUCGAAGAUUCGUAUCGGACCCAGAGAGCCGUCGAUGAACGCCAGGUGGUUCUGGAAAUCCUGGACACCGCAGGGACCGAGCAGUUUGUUAAUAUGCGAGAUCUGUACAUGAAAGCGGGCCAGGGCUUUCUGCUCGUGUUCAGCAUCACGUCCGCCUCGUCAUUGAACGAGAUAGCUGGCCUUCGCGAUGAGAUCAUCCGCAUCAAGGACGACGAGAACGUGCCCAUAGUCAUCUGCGGAAACAAGGCCGAUCUGGAGGAGCACCGCUCUGUAUCACGGACCAAGGGCUUUGCCAUCUCACAGCGAUGGGGUGCGCCCUAUUACGAAUCUAGUGCACGGACACGCACUAAUGUGGACGAGGUGUUUAUCGAUCUGUGCCGGCAGAUGCUGCGAAAGGAGGAUUCGGAUGAUCCCAAUGUAGAUGAUGAUGACAGGUUCGACCCGUACUCGAUAUCUUACUACAAGAAACGUAGACGGCGGAAGGAGAAAGAGAGGGGGGGCCGAGAUCCCAAUCGACCCAGAUGCGUCAUCUUAUGA